AAACAAGGCGUGGAAUUAGCAAUUCCCGCUUUCGAAAAAAAAAAGUGUUGCGGUACUACACAAACAGUAGUGGGGAAUAAAGGCGACAAAGUAGACGGCAGACAAGGUGAGAAGAAGAUCCCCCGAGAAUAACGAGAAAGGGAGAACGAUUUCGCAGAUAAUUUUUCAUUUCUCUGUAAACCCUUUUAGUUUUGAGGAGGACUUCGACCAGCUUCUGUAUCUAACGGAUUGAUCAGAAAAAUGGAUACAAAACCAAAGAGGAGACCUGUUGCAGAAAAUGGGGAUGCGGGAGAGGAAUUGGUCAAUGCAACUUUGAUUGGGAAUGGAGAUGAUCUGGGUCCUAUUGUCCGGCACGCAUUUGAGAUGGGGCGGCCUGAAGCGCUCCUUCACCAGCUAAGAGCUGUUGUGAAGAAGAAGGAAGUUGAAAUAGAGGAGCUCUGCAAGACCCACUACGAGGAAUUCAUUUUGGCAGUUGAUGAACUUCGCGGUGUGCUGGUUGAUGCUGAAGAGUUGAAAGGUGAACUCUCAAGUGAUAAUUUUAAACUGCAAGAGGUUGGCAGUGCUCUUUUAAUAAAACUUGAGGAGCUUCUUGAAUCUUAUUCCAUCAAGAAGAAUGUGACUGAAUCUAUUAAAAUGUCUAACUUUUGUGUGCUGGUAUUGGAUCUUUGUGUUAAAUGUAACAAUCAUAUAUCUGAAGGCCAGUUUUACCCUGCAUUGAAGACUCUGGAUUUGAUUGAAAAGAAUCACUUGCAGAAUAUUCCUGUCAAGGCACUAAGAAUGGUGAUAGAGAAAACAGUUCCAGUGAUUAGACUGCACAUUGAAAAGAAAGUGCGUAGUCAGUUUAAUGAAUGGUUAGUUCACAUACGGAGUUCUGGAAAGAAUAUUGGACAGACAGCAAUAGGCCAUGCUGCAUCAGCUCGCCAGAGGGAUGAUGAAAUGCUGGAAUGCCAGAGGAAAGCCGAGGAACAGAGUGUAUUUGGUUUAGGAGAUUUUGCAUAUAUGUUAGAUGUUGAGGAAAUUGAUGAAGAUUCUGUAUUGAAGUUUGAUCUGAUACCUCUAUACCGGGCAUAUCACAUUCAUACUUGUCUUGGAAUCCAAGAGCAGUUUCGUGAAUAUUACUAUAAAAACAGAGUAUUGCAGCUCAGUUCAGACUUGCAAAUUUCUUCUGCACAACCUUUUGUUGAAUCCUAUCAGACCUUUUUGGCUCAAAUUGCUGGUUACUUUAUAGUGGAGGAUCGGGUCCUGAGGACUGCUGGGGGGCUGUUGUCAGCUGAUCAGGUCAAGACAAUGUGGGAAAUUGCUAUUUCUAAAAUGACAUCGGUGUUGGAGGAACAGUUCUCUCAUAUGGAUUCUGCUACCCACCUUCUCCUGGUGAAGGAUUACGUCACACUUCUUGGAUCUACUCUUAGACAAUUUGGGUAUGAGGUUGGUCCACUUCUGGAGGUGCUUGAUAGGAGUCGAGACAAAUACUAUGAGCUUCUUUUGGAAGAGUGUCGUCAACAAAUUGUUAAUAUUAUUGCCAGUGACACCUAUGAGCAGAUGAUAUUGAAAAAAGAUACUGACUAUGAGAAUAAUGUUUUGGCAUUUAACCUCCAGACCUCAAAUAUAAUGCCAGCUUUCCCUUAUAUUGCGCCAUUCUCCUCCAUGGUACCUGAUGCCUGCCGCAUUAUAAGAUCAUUCAUUAAAGGGUCUGUUGAUUACUUGUCUCACGGGGUGCAUUCUAAUGUUUAUGAUGUUGUGAAGAAGUAUCUGGACAAAAUAUUGAGUGAUGUUUUAAAUGAAUCAAUACUAAAUACAAUUAGUAGUGGCACCAUUGGCGUGUCUCAGGCCAUGCAGAUUGCUGCGAACAUAUCUGUUCUUGAAAGAAGUUGUGAUUUUUUUCUUCGAUAUGCGGCCCAACUUUGUGGGAUGCCUGCUCGAUCAGUUGAAAGGCCUCAAGCUAGUUUAAAUGCCAAGGUGACUCUCAGAGCUUCAAGGGAUGUAGCCUACAAUUCUUUGCUGAGUUUGGUGAACUCCAAGUUAGAUGAGUUUAUGACACUAACAGAAAGUAUCAAUUGGAAUUCAGAGGAAAUAGCUCAGAAUGGGAAUGAGAAUAUGAAUGAACUGAUCUAUUACCUUGACAGUAUUAUGUCAACAGCACAACAAAUUUUACCUUUAGAUGCUCUCUUCAAGGUUGGAGGUCGAGCUCUUGAUCAUAUAUCCAACUCAAUAGUGGCAGCUUUUCUCAGUGAUAGCGUCAAGCGGUUCAAUGCUAAUGCUGUUAUGGGUAUUGAUAAUGAUCUAAAGAUGCUGGAGUCUUUUGCAGAUGAGAAGUUCCAUAGCACUGGUCUGAGUGAAAUAUACAAGGAAGGUAGUUUUAGAGGCUUUUUAAUACAAGCGCGACAAUUGAUAAAUCUUUUGUUAAGCAGCCAGCCAGAUGACUUCAUCAAUCCAGUGACAAGGGAGAAAAACUAUAAUGCAUUGGAUUGCAAGAAGGUGGCCAGUAUAUAUGAGAAAUUCAAGGAUUCUCCGGAUGGGAUCUUUGGAAGCCUUUCAAGCAGGAAUGCGAAGCAAAGUGCACGGAAGAAAUCAAUGGAUAUACUGAAGAAAAGACUGAAGGACUUCAAUUAAUAAGGCUUGAAAUAUACAUUAGGGUGCAACCUAAAGUUCAGAAGGUAGGCUUGGAAUGAGUUAUAGACUCAGUCAUCCUAGGUUAGAUUUUGCACUAGCAAAUCCCUUGGAUUACCUAAUACACAGUUGUGGCUGGUGGAUUCGUGUUUCUGAAGUUGAGUCUUGGGUGGAUUUGAAAAGUCCUACCUUGACGAGUGUUCAUGUCAGAAAAAAAGCUCGAGUUAUAUAUUUGCAUCUAGAUUAGAACUCCUUUUUUCCCCACUUUUGAACAUAUACUUUUGUAUCUUUCUUGUUGAUGUUCAGAAUGAGUAGGAUUCUUUGAUUUU